AUGCCGCGCAGCGCAGGCCCCAGUCCUGGCAGCUGCUGCUCUGCAUCGGCCCCUAUCCUGCCGCUGCAGCUGAGCUGGGCCUCCGCCUCAUGCACAUCAACACCAACUGCACCGAGAAAUUCAUUGACACCGUCCUGGGCCUCGUUCACCAGCAGCCUAGCUGUGGCAGCAGAUGCGCAUUUGUGCGGGAGGGGCGGGGUGGCUGACGCGCACCCGCAUGGGAGGGCGGAGGUAGGUGACUGGCACCUGCCCCAGCAGCCGUGUGCUGAUGUGCUCUCCCAGAUGCGGCCACGUGGUUGGCCCUCCAAGCUCAUGCUCCCCCUGUCGCCGGAUGCUUCUCCUCAGGCCAGUUUGUCGCCGAAUUGGGUGGGUGUGCCCAUGCGGCUGGGAAAGGAUAACAGCCCGGUUGCGACUUGCAACCCCAAGCUGUCAAAAGAGUGCAACUUAACAGAUUUUAAUGGGAAUGGCAUCUAA